CGUAACGUCCAAUCAAACAAGACUUCAAUUUUAAAUGAGAGUCGAUAGUUCCUUCUCCCUGUUACUGAAAAACCACAACAACAUCACAGCUGACCCCACCUGUCCAUCAGUCUGAAUUAUAAGAGACUCUUAUUUAGCUUACUUUUUAGCUAGUGAGUUGUUUUUGAGCUUCAGCUGCCUCUCGUCGACAGCUGUUUCAUGGGAACCCAGGAGGGAGAGAGAGAUUGGGUAGAUGUGGCAAAUGAUCUGUUCAGCAAAUGUCACGUAAACCUGAGGCUAAGGAAACUGACGGACUGUGAUCCAAACAUUUUCAUUGCUCUGUAUGAGAACAUCUUGGGGGAGAAAGUUCCAGAUUAUAUUGCACGACCAUGCAGUCAAGAGGAUGACGUCCAUAACAUACAGUCUGUGAUUGAUUCACUGUCCCUGGAUUACCUUCAGAUCAGCCUCUCACACAUUACAGGAGAAAAUGUUGUCAGUGGGGAUAGAGAGUCUAUCAAGAACCUCCUGGAAAUCUUUGAUGGCCUCCUGGAAUAUCUCAACGAGGAGAUAAGUGAAGAGUCACAGAAUGGUGAGGAACUGACUAACGGUCUCAAUGAGGAUGUGCCCGGUGAAAGCAAGGAGUCAACAAUCUGCGGUGUCACGGAGCACAAGGAGACAAAACUGGAGGGAGCAUCUUUGUCUUCCACUGGAGAGUCCGCUUUCGAGUCCAGUAAACAUUCCCUCCAUUCCUGGAAUGCUGAGGAGAUAGGAUCAACCAGUGAUCUCAUUGGGCUUGGAGUCUCUGCACACACAUUUAUUGCCAAACAAGAAGGACUGGCUGCCCCUCCCCAAACUUCAUACGCAAUCACCACCUCCGGUCCUCUGGACACCCAGGAUGCGCCGCUGACUGAACCACUGCACUCAGCCAUCGCUCUGCAGCCCCCGAACCAGAGCAACACUCCCAGCAGACCCGACACAGACCCACACACACCCAUUCAGCCUCCCAAAGUUGCUGGGCUUAGUCAGUGGCACACAGAGAACGCAGCCGCCCCUGUCACUACAGAGAUCUCUAAACCAAUAGUUGAGACCAUCGUUAGCAAUGGACUACAGUCGCCUCCCCUUUGCCAGUCUCCUGCUGUGAGUGAGAAGUCUUUGUCCAGUCAACGAAGAGCCAGGACAGAAGUGGAGGGGGAGACACUAGAGCCAACUAACGGAGGACCAAGGAGGGUUUUAUUCCGCACCCAGCCUGAUGUGCUCUUCCUCACCCUGCAGGAUGAGAUGGCGACCACCACCCCUUCUACACCAGACACUGACGAGGAAGAGCGAGAAGAGGAGGAUCUGAGUUAUACACGAAGAUUACAGGGCAGAAGAAUACAUCACAGAGAAAGGACAGACCUCAGCAGUAACAGGGCAGAGGAGGGUUUGGAGGAAACUCUGUCUUAUCGCAGACAGAGAAACAGGAAAGCAGAGGAGGAGCUGCAUGACAUAUCUGAAAAACUGACCCAUCGACUUGAAGAACUCGAUGAGAUGCUUAAACGAGUACUGGGAGAAAGUGGAGAGUCCAGUGAGGUCAGAGAAGAGGACAAGCAGUCCCACCACAGUGACAGCAUCAUGGAGUGUCGCAAGACUCCCAGACAACACACGGUUUCAGGAACACCCGAUGUUGAAUCCAUGCACCGGACACGGUCCUUGUCCCCUUCCCCUCCACGGGUCCGUCGCUCCCUGCAGGGACAGUUAGAAAAUGCAAUGAUGGAGGCCUUCAACCUGGAUGAUGGGAGACAGAUGAACCUCACAGCUUCUGAUCGUUCAAGGCGAGGAGAGCUACGUCACAGACAGUCUCGCAGAAAACAUAGCAAGUAUCUGGAGAAUAAGGCCUAUGAGGAGGAGUUGAAAAGAUAUGAAGACAAAGAACAGGCAGAUCUAAACAAGGCGCGUCUCAAAGCUCAGGAAGCUGAGCGAGAGUACAGAGACGCCAUACUAAGGGAUGUUUCCCAAGCCCCGAGACUGUCCCCAGCUAGAACGAAGGCCCAGCCCAAGUCACAACGAAACACACAAACCACACCAGGUCGGAGACAGCAGGAAGCCACCAGGAAAGCUCCAUCAAUGAAGGUGAAGGAGAAUGAACUCCUCCCUGUGCUCCUGGAGGAGUUGCCCCACCUUCACAUCUCUCCUCACGCUCUGGGCAGGAUGUGGGAGCAGCAGAUGCAGCAGGUGGACAGACUCCACGCCCUGUCAUCCUCUAAUAUCCACCAGCGUCACAGCAAACUCUCCAGCCAGGUGGAGGAAGCCCAGAGGAAACAUGACCUGCUGGUGGAGAUCAUCCGUAAAGAUCGGGACCACAACAGGCGUCUGAGGGACUUCAAAGAGCGUAUCCAGCUGCAGAAGUCGACACAGAACAGACUGAGGGAACAGAGGCAGCAGAUAGCCCGCGCCAAAAAGUACCACAACGACUACCAUGUCCAACACCGUGCCCGUCUGAUGAGGGCACGCACCAAGGAGGAGAGGAUGUUUCGGCAGCUGUUUGAGGAGGGAUUGGAGCUACAGAAAGUCCGGUUGAGAGAACAGAGAGCUUACGCCAGGGAGCAGCGACUGGAACGUCAGAGACGACACCAGGACCAUAUCAAGUCUAUGGAGAACUACUACAAAGACCAAUUUUCACUACUGGCUGAAAAACUUGCACAAGAGCGGCAGGAGAUCCAGGUCCGGAAAAAAGCUCAAGAAAAGGCCCUGCUGAAAAUGAAGCGAGAGCUGCGUUCAAGGAUGGAGCGCGAGAUUGGCGAACUGCAAAAAAUCAUCAUCCAAAACGAUGAGGACGACUACGGCCGGGAUUUGGAGGUCCAGAGGCUGCGCAAUAGGGUCCAGAUGGCUUCUUUCCAGUACAACACUAGCUAUCUGCACUGACCAGGGGAGCAGGGCUGUUGUAAGAUCCACUCCCUCAAGGCUGGAUUUAUAUUAUGUGAACAUGCUGCAAGAGUGUCUGUUUCUGCCAUUCACAACUAAGGGUACGACAUUCUGACGGCUGAACAGUACUGUCUCCUCAGGCAGCUUCCUUCAUAGAUUUGCACGAGGAGGAAAUUCACAAGAACUUGCACAAGUCCUGAUUAUUGAUUUAAUAAUGAACUGAACCCACUCCAACAUAAUGUAGCUAUUAGCUAAUUCAGCUAACUCUUCCUCUCACCUCAGCUGCUAUACCUGAACUUAAGACACCUUGGACUAAGUCCCCUUCUUCCAUGGUUUUAGUACUGGUAACUAAGAAUGUUUUAAAGUAACUCCCGCACUGUGCAGUCUUUCCGUGCAGUUAUUGUAACAGAAAAUGAGUAAAAUUUUUCUUCCUCUUGCCAAAUAGGGACCAUCAAUGCAAAGUAUGAAUGUCACACACUGACAAGAUUUUUAACUUUUUUUUCCUUUUAUGUGCGAUGUCUUCCUUUAAUAUUUUAACCAUGCCAGCAGAUUAUUUAUUUUUUAACUUUAAUGUCAUUUGAUUUUUAAUUAACCUGGUGUUGGGCUUUCUGAUAACCAGGGGCAAUGAUAAUCAGUCUUUCAUGACUUCUCUUUUUCCUUAGUUCCGUUGUGAUCGUUUUUAACUCACAGCCAGAACUUAAGACAUUGUAGUUUUGGACCAACACAUUAAGGGUUGCAAUGUAUCUAAUGAGCACACGAAUGCCCUGUCAUCACCCAUUAA